AUGCAUCGGGAUAUCGCGCCCCGGAAUUUGCUCAUCGAUCCCAAAACAAACAAGAACCUCCUCUCCGAUUUCGAUUACGCCGCGAACGGGAAGGACGGGCUACUAGCUAGUCGAGACGAUUUCUAUGGCGUUAUCUCCACACUAACUGAUCACAAGCGACACACAUUAUACGAGUACUGA